AUGGCUGACGAAUUUGACCUCGAAGCACUCGUGCACCUGGAACAGACGUUCUACGACGCCGGGUAUACUGACGGCUUUGCCCAUGGACGUAUUCAUGGGCUGAUCGAAGGUCGAGCACUCGGACGCGAGAAGGGCUUCGAGAUAUGGGAGGAGAUUGGAUUUUAUGAGGGAUUUGCUACCACUUGGCAAGCGAUAUAUGCAAAGCAUGGCCACAACGACCAGCGCGCAAUACACCACAUCAAGCAUCUACUUGAUCUCAUAUCACAGUUCCCACAAACAAAUCCCUCUAGCGCUGCAGUAGCAUCUGGUGCCACGGAAGAGAUCGAUAUUUCGAAGCUGCAGCGCCAGAUUCGAUCACGAUACAAGGCAUUAUGCGCAUCGCUCGGUGUAAAGCCUACGCUGAGGGCGGUCGAUGCAGAAUCCACUGAGGAUGGUGGUGUUCAAAGUGCGGAUCAGCAGAAACAAGUGUGGAGAUUAGAAGAAGAUGCAAGAAGACCGACGAUGCAAGGACUGAGUUUUUGA